AUGAAAGCCACUGCGAUUGCUUUCCAAGCCUUGGACAUUCUGGACGACAUUUAUCUAAACAAGCUAAUGCCUGACUUCUCAGAUCCAGAAAUUUUUGCAGAUCAUUCCAUGUCCAAGGUCCACAUCAGAAUCAAACGUGAAAAUCGGACGAGGCUCGCGGAAAGAGUGUACCAUGUGAAAGGAGACAGUGACUCACUGGUCAGGGUUUCUUCAUUUCCUGACCUGAUGGGGGAUUCAUGCAUAAACAGCACUGUGGGAAUUCAGUUUCUAGAAUCAAACUUUAACCCUUACGAGUACUCCAACAACUCGCACGAGAUCGGCGCUGACGUCACAGGUCUGGGAGUGAAGUGUGGGAACCGGACUCUUCCGGUUUCCGGUCUGAGCGAGCCCAUCGACAUUUUGACGAGGAGGUCUAAGAACGACAGUAUCUCCGAACUGAUCUAUGUCUUUAAAGCAUCGGAACCACUUGGGAACAUGGCAAUUUUUCAGUUCUUUGUGAGGACAAACCGCUCAGCAUUAAGCCUGGAGCUGGACUUCAACAAUACCCUCUACCCGCCAGACGUUACCAUGUUUCUCCGCAAGGAGGCGCCACCAACACCAGCGGAGUUCGACUGGACGGCGUCACUGCCCGUUCCCGAUGAACAGAUGGUGUACAUUCCAUGGACAAACGGAACAAAGCUGGUUGGCCUGAUAUCUAACACUAGUCACAUCCACUGCCGCUGCUACCAUCUGACAAAGUUUAGUGGCUUUGUCGCGCCGAACCCCUUAAACAUCGCAGAGGCUCUGUCAGCCAACGUUCUGGAAAACCCAUCAGGACUGGUGCUGGUUCUGACUGUGUUUGCAGCCUAUCUCAUGGGCAUCGUUUGGGCCAGGAAGUCUGAUAGAAGGGAUGUAGUGAAGGCUGGGAUUGGGAUUCUGCCUGGCCACAAACUGAACCCCAGACAGGACUGUCAGUACCUCAUCACUGUUUACACUGGCUUCAAGGGGAACUCUGGGACAACUGCAGAGGUAACUAUUGUCCUGUGCAGCCAAGACCAUGAAAGCCCUCCCUUCACACUCAGUGACCAGAAGAGGAUCUUGUUCGAGAGGGGCAGCGUGGAUUCCUUCCUCGUGUCGACGUCUCAGCCGCUGGGGGCCCUCCGCUACAUCCGUGUGUGGCACAACAACGGAGGGUACAGUCCAGGAUGGUUUCUGAGCCAGAUUGUAGUAACCAACCGAGGAAACAACACACCAAACUACUUCAUUUGCAACAGAUGGUUUGCUCUAGACAGAGAUGACGGGAACAUCAGUCGAGUCCUUAUUGAAGCUGAUCCAGAAGAGAUGAAGAAAUUUCGCAACUUGUUCCUGGCCAAAAGUUCAAGGGACAUGAAUGACGGCCACCUGUGGUUCUCCGUGGCGGGCCGGCCGGCGCGCAGUCCGUUCAGCCGAGUCCAGCGGCUGUCCUGCUGCCUGACGCUGCUCUACAGCACCAUGGUCACCAACAUCAUGUUCUUCGGCCGUGGGGACGACUUUGACCCGCCUGAGCCAAUCAGAAUUGGCGGUAUAGAGAUCGACCCACCGAUAUCCCUUCCGCAGAUCAUGAUAGGUCUACAGAGCGCUGCAAUCAUCAUGCCUGUCAACUUGAUCAUUGUCUUCCUGUUUCGAAACUCUGGUUCCCGUUCCUCUGUUGAAAAUGAAAAGACAGCAUCGAGGAAUAAUGUGUCUUUGAAAAGUCUGACCAAAUGUUUGCCUCAAAAGAAACAAAAUGACAAAGAAGCAAGCAAGAAACGGAAUGAGCCUCCUUCUUUGUGGCACCGCAAAGAGAAAGAUACAGUGCAGAAGAGGCAAUAUCACGAUUAUUCCGAAAAAUACCUCUGCAAACGACCAAUUCAGCUGUCUUUUGAUGAAUCAGUCGAUGCUGGCAAUGAAACAGAUCCGGAGGAUGUUGAUACAAUACAAAACUCCUCACUACCUUGGUGGUCUGUGUACAUAGGCUGGUUGCUUGUCUGGUCGGCGAGUUUCCUGGCUGCGUUCUUCACCGUGCUGUACAGCCUGAGUUUCGGACGUGCGAAGGCGGAGGCGUGGCUCGUCACUUUCCUGACAUCAUUCCUGACCGACCUGUUCCUAAUACAACCCUUCAAACUGAUGCUGGUGGCUGUGCUGUUUGCUCUACUGGCAAAGAAACCUGUAGAAGAUGAAGACCCAGUACCUACACCACUGCAUCAGGAUGAAGAGUAUCUAGAGGAAAACACAAACAGUCAGACUCCAGAACUCGUGCACUCCAAUUCUCCAUCAGAUGAAGCUGACCUGGCCAAACAACGAGCUGUGAGCUUAGAAAGAAGUAAGAGGCGCAAACAGGUCCUAGAAGUCUUGCUAUUUGGGCUUUUCGUGACUGUGAUCAUGGUGACAUCAUACGGCGAAAGAAGCUCCUUGGCUUUCCAUGUUACUAAGAAUGUACAUCGGCUACUCUCGGAGAGCGGCGACAUUGGAUUUUCUGAGAUUAAGGACAUCCCGUCGUUCUGGACUUGGGUGACAACUGGGUUGAUUCCUGCUACCCGUGCAGCCCAGUGGUACAACGGUAGGCCCUCUAAGGAGGCUGCGAUUCUGGAGGACAUGUUAACCCAUCCACUGGGUCCAGUACAGCUUCGACAAGUGCGACUGACUCCCGGUUUUCCAUACUUUGGAAAGCAGGGCACCUACUUGUCCGGUGGUUACGUAACUUCUCUGGGUAGUACACAGCAGACAAGUUUAACUCGAGCGGCUUACCUUCAGAAACAUGAGUGGUUAGACGACAAGACCCGGGCAGUUUUCAUAGAACUCACCCUGUACAACCCGCACGUCAACUUGUUCUCUCUGGUGUCUAUGGCAACGGAGUUCACCAGUCUCGGGACGGUUUACAAGGGGUCAGAGGUCGUGACCUUGAGACUUAUCCAACACGACGCCAUCUUGCUUCUUGUUCUCAGAGGAUGUCUUGCAAUUUUUAUUGUCGUCUUCAUGAUCCGGGAAGGUAAGGCGCUUUUCUCUCGGCCUUUUGAGUACCUGUCGGAGUUCUGGAGUUGGGUUGAGCUUCUUGUCAUUGCUGUAGGCUUCUCAGCUCUCGGCGUCUACUUCCACUCACAAAGCAUCAUUGACGACGUGGCAAUACAGCGAGCAGCCGGAAACGCAAGUUUCGGCGCGUACAAGAGCGCUGUUGGCUGGUUCGAAGUCUACACCAACCUUCUGGGCCUUCUCAUCUGCUGCGCUACACUGAAGUUUGUCCGGAUUCUCCGCUUUAACUCUCACGUGUACGCCUUGUCCAUGACCAUGAGGCGGUCUCUCAAGCCUGUAGCACAGUUCAUGCUCACGGCUGGAAUCCUCAUCAUGGCCUUUACACAGACGGCAAAUCUUAUUUUUGGUGUGAAGCUUGCGGGGUACAAAAACAUAACUUCCAGUCUGCAAAGCCUUUUAUUUAUGAUGUUGGGAAGCUUUGACUUCGAGGAGUUGGAACAGGGUCACAGCUUGUUAGGCCCGCUGAUGUUUUUCACGUACCAGUGCAUGAUGCAGUUUUUCCUGCUCAGUAUGUUCAUGGCUAUCAUUAUGGACGUGUACGCAGAAGAGACGCAAUCAACAAAUACAGAUGAGCUGAACUUUAACGCAUUUGUGAAAGAAUCUGCUAUAAGAACAAUGAAGAAAGUUCAGAACAGAAAGUCUUAUAAUGUUGAUGACAAAAAGAACAUAUCAAUAAAAGACAAGGGAACAUUGGCGGAUAUGCUUGUUAAAAUUGAUCGCAUGGUAGACCAACUUGACAAUGGUUUUUAUGAUUAG